CAGUCGAAAGACCCCACAAACAAUAUGAAAACUUUUUGGCUCUUGGCUUUCUGCGCACUGGCGGCUUCGGCCUAUGCUCUGGACGAGUCUGACCGCGUCAAUGGAGAGAAUGGCUGGUACGUGCCUAAGUUGGAUGGCAGCUUCGAGUGGAUCGAUAUGGACGUGGCAGAGGAUUGGCUUGACCAGCAGGAGAUGUUCGAAGCUCGUCUGAGCACAACACCCGUCAAAUUCUACCUGUACACCAAAUCCAACCCCACCAAGGGCACCAAGAUCACGGCCACCAGCAAGUCCAUCAGUGGAUCCAACUUCAAUAGCAACAACCCAACCAGAGUUGUCAUCCACGGCUGGACCCAGAGCAGCUCAUCGGGCAUGAACAAGAACAUUCGUGACGCCUGGCUGAGCAAUGGCGAUUUCAACGUUAUUGUCGUGGACUGGGCUCGUGCACGUUCGGUCGAAUAUGCUUCCUCUGUUUUGGCUGUGCCCAAGGUGGGCAAGAAGGUCGCCAGCAUGAUCAACUACCUUGUCUCCGACCAUGGCUUACGUCUGGACGAUCUGUACAUCAUCGGCCACAGCCUGGGCGCCCAUGUGGCGGGCUAUGCUGGCAAGAACACCAACGGACAGGUGCACACCAUCAUCGGACUGGACCCUGCCCUGCCCCUGUUCAACUACAACAAGCCGAACAAACGUCUCAGCUCCACCGAUGCCUGGUACGUGGAGUCCAUUCAGACCAACGGCGGCAAGCUGGGCUUCCUCAAGCCCAUUGGCAAGGGCGCCUUCUACCCCAACGGUGGCCAGAACCAGCCGGGCUGCACUCUGGAUGUGACUGGUGCCUGCUCCCACGGACGCUCUGUGACCUACUAUGCUGAGGCCGUCUCCCAAGACAACUUCGGCACCAUCAAGUGCGGCGACUACGAGUCAGCCGUCAAGAAAGACUGCGGCAGCACCUACAGCGGCGUGCGCAUGGGCGCUGAUACCAACGCCUACAUGGUCGAAGGUGACUUCUACGUGCCCGUGAACAGCAAGGCUCCAUACGGCAAUAUCCAAUGAAUUACUGUGACGCAAUAAAACAAUUUUUUGUCGAAAACCAUCAAAAGC